AGUUAACAUAAAAUAUUUUAAAAAAUAAGUAUAGGUAAUACCAUUUUUUUAAAAAAAACUCUACAGCCCUUUACUUAACAUUAUUAAUUAAUUAGGAUAUAUGCAUAAAAAAGGUAUGAGUUAUUUAAUAAAUUAAAAAAAAAAUUUAAAGACAUAAAAAAAAAAAAGAAUAUUUUAAAAAUUUAUUAAGUUAUUGUCUAAUUAUUAUCUAUCAAUAAUUUUUAGCAGGAUUCGAAGCAUCUAGUAGUAAAAUAAAUAAAUAAUUGAUAUUAUUUAAAAGGUAUUUUACUUAUUAAAUAAACAAAUCUUCAAUUUAAUUAAUUAACCAAAAUAGGAAAGCAAUACGUUUUAAAAGAAAAUGAGUUCUGCUUUAGCUGAAAAUAAAUUUAUGAAAUUAAUCCCUAAGACUCUAUCUAACUAGCUUAACUUAAUCAAAAAAGAUAAAGAAAUUGAUGAACAGAAAAUAUAAAAAAUGUAACAUGAAGAUUGUACAUUAGCCAGUGAUAGAAUUCUAUUAAGUUAAUAAAAGAGAAGAGAUAUCAGUCCAAAGCGCAAUUAAAAAUAGAGUGAUGAUGAAGAUAGUAAUGAUAAAUGGUAAAAAUUUCCUCCUAAGCAAAAGUAAAUUAAAAAAAUAUCGUUAAGUUCAGUGAGAGAUAGCUCAUAAAAAUGGUAAAAGAAUCCUGAAGUAGUUCCUGUAGUCGCUAAGCCAAAAAAGAAAAUAACAAUUUAGCGCGAUGAAAAUGGAAAAGCAUAUUUUGAGGAGGAGAUAAUUUAACCAUCAAAUUCUUCAGGUAACAAUAAUAGAUCUAAUAUUACUUACUAAUAAAACUAACACUCGCACCAUGAUAACAGAAUAGAAUAAGAAUAUGAUAGCUUAGAAGACUCUUAUGAAAACAAGCACAAUGAAGAAAACAUAAAUAGGUAAUCUUCUUCCAACUCUAAUGGAGGAAGAAGACUUAGCAUCAAAAAGAAUGCUUCAAAAUACGGAUAUAUUUAAGCAGAUAAUUUACCAAAACAAAUAGACAAUGAAUUUUUGAAAGAUUUAUUAAAAAAAGAGAAAGAUAACAUCAUUGAAUCAUAUAAAUCAGAUAACUUUGGAAGGGUGAAAUUUAAUUCAAAAGAAGCUGCUGAAAGAGCUAUAACUAUUUUGAACAAACGUAUUUUAUAUGGAUCACAAAUUAACUCUUAUGAAAUUAACUCUGAGGAUUAUGAAAAACAAGGCUAGCAUUAGAAUAAUAACGAAGAUAGAAGUUAGUUAUCAAGUCGUAUUCAAAGCAAACAUAGGAAAUGAUUAAUUUUUUAGCUAAGUUUUUAAUUUAUUAUUAAUGAACAAUCAAUAAACGAAUGGAUGAAUAAAUCAGAUAGUCAAAUAUAUUCAUUUAAAACGAAGUUUACUUUUCUAAAAUAUUGUUUAGUUGUUUAGUAAAUGUUAUAAAAUAAAUAAAACCUAAAUAAAUAAAUUAAAUAUAAUAAAUACAUCAGAUAUUAUUAAAUAAAAUAAAUUUGAAAAUGUAAAGAUUAAAUUGCUCCAUGAUAUAUUGAUAUAAAUAACUUAAUUGAAUAAAAACUAUCUAUCUAUAACUAAUUCAUAAUAAUUAUAAUUCUAAACUAAUAUUCAAAUUCUAUAGCAAUUAGUAAUUAACUAUUCAUAAACUUAUUAAAUAUUUAUGUUCUUAUGCGUUCACUUAGAUAAAUUAUAAUUACUUAUUAUCUAUUAUUUUAUUUUGUUGCUUAUUUAUUAAAUACCUUUUUAUCCAUAACAAAAGCAGCU